UGCAAGGUGUACAACUGCUUUUUCAACUACAGAGAGGUGAUAUCAGGUGGUAUGCGCUCGUGACAACUGCCAAGAACGAUAUAAGAGACGUAAAAAGUCAGAGACAAAAUCACCGAGCACAAAGAAUAACCAUACGCUAAUUAAAGUACUUUCAAAAAGCAUAUGUUGUGUUAAACAGUUUACCGUAAAAGAUGACGUGGACAUGGACGAAGUGGACAUGCUUCGGUUGAAACAGGUGCAUUGACUAGCCUCAAACACACCAGCUGCGCUGAAAAAUUGAUUCAUCGUUUUGACGUUUGUGCUCUGUAUGAAGAUAGUCUGUGACACAGCGAGUUCACUUGGCUGGCAGCCAUGAAGAGGAACAAGCAGAUCGACGUUAAGGGUGCUCUAGUCCUCUCCAGCACCUUCCACUUCCUGUAUUCUUGUGCCAGAGCCUGCAUCCUCCCCUUCCUCACCCUGUACCUCAGAUACCUGGGCCUCACUCCCUCCAUGACGGGCCUUCUCAUGAGCACCAAACAUCUCAUCUCCCUGGUCUGGAGCCCUCUGGCUAGCUUUCUGUCCAAACACUACGACAAGAGGAGGGCAGUGAUUACAGGGUCUCUGGUCUGUUCAGCAGGGGCAGCCCUCAUCCUCCUGCUCAUCCCAUCCACAGGCGUCGAGACGCUGACCAGUCACUGCAACAUCUCUCACCUCAGUGUGAGCCCCACUGAAGAGCUGAUUGACUAUGUGCGUGUUGUUGGCAGUGUAAUGCCUACCACCCACACUACCAUUGUGUCCCAGUCAGCAGCACAUGAAUCUUCACCUACAGAGACAACCAGUGACACUGUGUCUUCCGCUGUUUCAAUGAGCAAAGCCACAACCUACACACUCCAGCUGCAACAUUCCAACAAUGUGACUACUCAAUGGACACAAGUGAAUGUAUCUGUGGCCAACCACAGUAUAGGAGGGGAGAGAAAUAGCUUAGAGUCCCACCACGGCGCCUCCAACACUUCCCCCACAGUGUGGAGGGUUAGCAGGUCAGCAGAAAAGGAGAAGCAGCAGCAGAGGGAGAUGGAUGAGGCCCGCUUAGAGUUCCUGGGCAACCUCAAAGUUAUGGAUGUCCAGCACCAGCUCUUUUUCAUGCUCCUCAUCAUGGUGUCGAUAUGGGAGCUGAUGGCCGCCCCUCUGGAAUGGACCGUGGACGAUGGGCUGUAUGAGUAUUUGGAUUUUGUGGAUGCCUCUGAUCGCUAUGGUAGCACAGGAGUGUGGGGGCUGCUUGGGGCAGUGUGUGGGGUGAGUGGUGCAGGACUGCUGGUGAGCCACCUGGACUGCCUCAUUGGCUCACACACACCCAGGAGCGCUGUCCACUUCUACUCCUAUGCAGCUGUGACAACCCUGGCCGUGCCUGUGGUGGCCUUCCUGCCCCUCUACCUAAACAAGAAGCGUAGUCGCUCCACUGGGCUCUUCAAAGCUUUACAGCUGGUGCGAGGGGACAUCCGUGCCCUGCUGUGUGCUGCCACUGCCUUCCUAAUGGGGCUGGCGGGGUCUGCAGUGGAUGACUUCCUGCUGUGGCAGAUGCAGGACCAUGGGAGCAGCGAGCUGCACAUGGGCCUCUCUUUAGCCGUAGCGUUGCUCUCCCGGGCCGCCUUCCCUCUGCUGAGUGGCCGGGUGUCGAAGCUCCUGAGCCCAGGCAGGGUGCUGCUGGUGGGGACGGUCUGCCUGGCCCUGCAGUGCCUUUACUACUCCUUCCUGUGGGGCCCCUGGGCUGCAAUACCUGUCCAGGUGCUGAGCUGUUUCAGCAGUGGCGCCCUCUGGUGGGCAGUGCAGGUGCAGUGCGAGGACGUGGCCACGCCAGGCACAGAGAGGAGCGUGAGAAGGGUCUACCAGGCCCUCUCUCUGGACCUGGGGGCAGGGCUGGGCAGCAUGGCCGGGGGGUUUGUUGUCCACAGGUUUGGGGUAUCUGUGCUUUUCAGAGGUGUGGCGGUGAUUCUGCUCCUGUGGUGCCUGUUUCUACCCCUGCUCCAGUGGAAAGCCCCACGCCAACGCAGGAUCAACUACUCCCGCCUCCUCGCUGCUGACACCAGUGAAGUGAGCGAAUCCGAGUCGGAGCAGGAGACCGACUGGCUGGAGAAAGCCAUGGAGGAUGACGAGCAAUAAUGACAUGGGCAAGAGUAUAAAUCAUUAGACCUAAGGAACAAUAUGCAACACAAUGGAAAGAUGACAGUAUCAAUUCUGCUCCUGGAGGAUUCCACCACCACUUACAGACAUGCCACUCUUAAUUUAGUCUGCCUUCUUGCUGCUCCACAAACUGCUAAGUGAAUCCGUCCCUGGCUGGUUUAAUUGAAAACCAAGUAUUGCUUUUUAAUUCUCCAUUACUGCAGCUUUAUUCAUUUAGUGCUAAUGCUCUAGAAUUCCCCACCUGCCCAGAAGGUGUUUAGCAUUCUUCAGUUAAACUAAACACAAACUAAACACAAUAGUGAGGACUGCAAGCCUCACUAUUGCACUGGAGGUGGAUCCAUUGUGAAUGCAGAGUGAUGAUAAACUGUCAUUUGCAUAAGUUAUCAAGAAACUCUGGAUAGCAAAUAACGAAGAAGAAUUAAGUGUGAGCAGGUGACUGUGCGAGUGCUUAUGAGUGUUAGUACAGUCCACGUUAGGCAGCUUUACUGUCUGUAACAUAAGGCCACUUGAGUGCAGGUGUGGUCUUUGGGUGAGACAAAACCCUGGACUAACAGACUCAUCCUGUAUAUGUGGUUUAGCCUGCUCACAUGACAGAUGACUCUCUUGAGUCCACUGUGAAAAUGUUAUGUAUUGUUCAACUAUUGUUCAACUAAACAUUAAGUGCCUCUUGUGUGGGGGAAGUAUUAGAAGCUAUCUGUGGUUGGUUGCUGCACUUGUAGGUUAGAUGGUGUUUGCUAAACCUGUAUUUCAAAGGAUGUUUGCCAAAUUUGCCACAGUUUGGCCCAUUUUGACCCGACUGUUAUUUCAGCAUAUCCGCCAGAGACACUAAUAUAGUUUAGCACCUCUCCCUGAAACCUUUGUCUUAUUAACAGUACAUUACAUACAGUGGUUGAUAUACAUGUCCAAUGACUAGUAGUAAAUCAAUAAAAAUAUUAGUAUUAUUGUGCCUUGAAGACAUUCUCAAAUAUUGAUGACUGACAUUACAAUACCUUUUGUUUAUCUGAUGUUUAUGGUAUAUUUAAUGCUCUAUUGUAAGUCAAUGCAGUGGACAGUAUAUGUCAAUACCUCACAACAGUGUAGUAUCAAACAUCAAAUGUCUUGUAGUGUUUUUAAAGAACACAAGCAGGAAACCCAAUGCCUCUUGUGUCAAUAUGCCUCAAUACGCCUCUUAAUGUAACAAAGCAAAGGUCAGCAGUAUGUGGAACUCCUCUUGAAUCUUUGUAUUUGGCCUUGUCUGUCAUGACUCAUGCCUGUAGAGAACAGUCAGUUGAGAGAUAAGGCGCUAUCAGCCUGAGCAGGCGCCAUAAGUAAAAUAUUUGUUUUCCAACCGGA